CUCCUCUUCUCCUCCUGCUCUGAAUCACGGAAUAAAAAAUAAAAAAAACAGCAAGAUGAUUGUUUCCGUCGCGCUGAGCUCUGAACCGAUCCUCUGGGUGGCAGCAGUAUAGCUAUGGUUUAUGCUCAGUCAGCAAACACAGUUGGUGUCAAUCCCUCCCUUUACUCUCCAUCUUUCACGUAUCAGAUGUCAUUUAACUACUCUGAGAGGGAAAACUCGACUGUCCUGGCAACCUUACCCACAACUCCCCUCUGCAGCCAAGAGGGCUCGUCCUCCAGUCUGCCAAACGGGACCUCCACCUCCUAUGAGCUGACUUCAGGCGAGGUUGCCGUCUUGGGCUUGGUAUUCGGGGUUCUCUGGCUGGUCUCCAUCCUGGGAAAUGCCCUCGUCUGCCUGGUCAUCCACCGGAGCCGACGGACUCAGUCCACCACCAACUACUUUGUGGUGUCAAUGGCCUGUGCAGACCUGCUCAUGAGCCUGGGCUGCGCCCCCUUCAUCCUCCUGCAGGUCGCCUCGGGUCGAUGGCCGCUGAGCGCCGCUGCCUGCAAGGCUGUGCGCUACCUGCAGCACCUUUGCCCCGGUGUGCAGGUCUACGUCCUGCUUUCAAUCUCUGUAGACCGCUUCUAUACAAUCGUCUAUCCCCUCAGCUUCAAGGUGUCCAGAGAGAAAGCAAAGAAGAUGAUCCUGGCCUCAUGGCUGUUUGACGCAGCCUUUGUCUCUCCCUGCUUCUUCUUCUAUGGCUCCACACCUGCAGACAGCAGUCAUUGUGACUUUUUCCUUCCAGACAGCUGGGGCAGUAUAGCGUAUGCCGCCGUUCACCUCGUCUUUGGUUUCGUGGUGCCAGCAGGGCUGAUUGUGUCAUUCUACCAGCGGGUGAUUCGCUACAUCUGGAGGAUCAGUGCCGACGGGCACACAGUGCGUCGGACAAUGAACAUCGUCCCCCGGACUAAAGUCAAGACCAUCAAGAUGUUCCUCAUGCUCAAUUCAGUUUUCUUUCUCACCUGGACGCCCUUCUACGUUGCCCAGCUGUGGCACCCGAGGGAGUCUAACAGUCCCAGCAGGCAAGGGCUGCUGUUCUUCACGGCCAUCGCCUGGAUCUCCUUCAGCUCCACGGCGUCCAAGCCAACUCUGUACUCUGUCUACAAUGCAAACUUCAGACGGGGCAUGAGGGAGACCUUCUGCAUGUCAUCCAUGAAAUGCUACCGCAGUAAUGCUUACACCAUCACGGCAAGCUCUCGAAUGGCCAAAAAGAACUACAUUGGGGUGGUGGACAUUCCUGUGCAAGCAAAGACAGUCACCAAGGACUCUGUUUACGAUACAUUUGAUCGAGAAGCAAAGGAAAAGAAAGUAGCCUGGCCCACUAACGCCAACCCUCCAAAUACUUUUGUGUAAUUCAAACUUGGACAGUUUUGAAACUGUGAAUGUACAAACAUGAAUUAGACUGAAGCUUUAUUCUUAAACAGCACAACAUCAAUGUUGACAGGUGAGCUAGCUGGGGGCUAACAUGCAAGCUCUGUAUUCAACUAAGACAAAAGCUCACAGAAACAGAAUGUGUUCAGUUUGUAUAAAGGGCUUUUUUCUGAUUUAAAACACCGUCUGGCAGCCAUAUUGGAGGUUUUCAACAUCUGUGAACAGCUAGCCAUUUUUAUACUCAAAAUUUUAAUCAUAAUCUAUUUCUGUUAAUGUUGUGUUCGAUGGAUCAUUUUGCCAUUGGUACGUCAGAUUAUGUGUUUUGAUAAUGUCAGCUUGUUAGCUAGCUAACCAUAGUCUGUGGCCAUCUUUCAGUGACCUGUUGUAAACGCAUCAGAUUUGCUACAGUAAUGUAUGUGGUAGAAGCUAACGUUAGUAGUGGCUACUAGCCGCAUGUUAACAUUGACAUCAUCCGCUUUGCUAUAUUAAGCGUAAUGGUGAGUUGGCUAGCUAACAAAGCCCUAAAUCUACAGUUUGUUUAGGUUAACUGAGCUGUAAAACCCACACUGUUGUUAAAGAAAGAAUAACAUAAACUGAACAGUUGCGAAGAGGAAGAAGUUAUUGCAGAUGAAGAAGUCAAAUUCAUGUUCUCAUAGACAGUUAGUGGGAGCACUUCCAAGUCUAACUUCAACUCCCAGGGUGCAUUUCAGUAUGAAACAUCAAAUCACAGAGCUUCAAAUGCUGUUGUGUGCUCUGCUAAUGGCAAGUAGAAGCUAAAGUUAACACUUUUUAGAAGCCAGACAAAAAAACGUUCAGUAGUUUAAAUCAGUUCACUUUCACAUUCAGGAUAAGUUUUGUAACACUUGUGCCGUAUUUUUACACCCAGUUGAUUGAACCGAAACUCAAUACACAAUCACGGCUAAGCACAAAAUUUAAACUACAUGAUAGAAACUACAAACACACUUUAAGGACGGUCAAAAGAUGUGCCUGGGAGAUAUGUAACAGGGCCAUAUCCUAAUUGGGUGGACAUUUCCAAAGUCUGUAAAAAUCUAGCUAAAAUAAAAAUCUAUUUCUAGAACCAGAGUCUUCUUCCACUUUGCAACUCAGAGGUCCAGACCUGCUUCUGCUCCACUAGCCGCCAUCGUCGAGGUUUUCUUUCAUUUCAUGAAAAGCUGAAACAAAAGAAACUUCUGUUGAUAUUCUAUGUUACUGUAAAUCUACAAGUCUGGCAACACCAGUCCAUUAUUUCUGAGACUUUAUAUGCAUUUACUUUAUGAACAUUUCUUGCAAUUUUUGGAAAACAAUUGAAGUACAAAAUAGGUCAUGCAGUUGUCAAAUUCUACUUUGUUUUGUAUGGACAACAUCUUGGUUCAACGCCAACAGUCACGGACCCUCGUAGAAGGUUUAAUUUGGACUUAAGUUCACUUUGGUGUUGGUUUCUUUUAGAUGUUUUUAGUCAACAGUCUCAGAGUUGAGAUCGAGACAUCGGUCUGGAUUUGCAAGGUUUGACAUGCAAUACGAUUAUGUUGCAUUAUAUUGUUAACAUUCAAUAAUGAUGGUUAAAAAUAGUUUUACGGUGCAAAAAAAACCACUACUUUGUAGAUGCUGGGAGGGGUUUUUAAUUUUUAUAUCUUCUGUUAAACUUUUCUCAUCAGUUAACAGCAGUUAUUCAUUAAGUUCAUCAGUUUCCUGUUUCAGCUUUUUAAAGAAAGAUCAAUGAAAGAAAACCUCAAAGUAAAAAUAGAUCAUGGAACACUAACAAUAAAGUGUGGUGGGAUUUCUGCUCUUUAAUAGAAAACAGGACAGUUUAUUGUGUCAGAAUAACCUCAACUUGAUCAAAUUACUAACUGACAUUUCAUAACAAUCUCUCUCCCCGUUCUGGUUUUUUGAGACGUGGUUGCUGGGAGAUUUUGACACGAAGCGACAACAACGAAUCACCAGCUGAGUCCCAAAUACAUGUGGAUGUUAAGGUUUAUAUUAGUUUAAGGGAUUUCUCAGGUAGUAACGCUAUUUUACAAAUGUUGGACAUCACAUGAGAUGCGAUGUGGAAAUGAAAAAGAGUUCAUUUGUAAUAUUUGUGACAUACGGUUAUAUUUACUCGUACGUCAGUUUAUUCUUACAAUUCCCGACUAAACGAGGACUAAAGCCUGUAGAGACUCUGGUGCUGUGAGAGCAUUUACUCUGAGCUCCUUUAACUUCCUGUCUGGAGAACUGUACACCAAGUGCUAUGAUUAACGUAGGAAAAUAUAGAUCCAUUAAUAUGCAUCUAGCAUUAAAAAUACUCUACCUCAGCAGAAAUCUACGAAAAUCUGCGAGGCUGUUUGCGGUGUUAAGAUUUAUCCAAAAGUGUCAACGAAGUAAAAAUCAUGAGAAAAGCUUCUGUUUUAAGCUCAGUUAUGUUUUAUUUGUUCAUCAUGAUUUCUAUGUUGCAGAAAAACUUAAAGUAGGGUGUUUGGUAUAAACAGCAAAAGUAGAUCAUUUAGGAUAUUUAACCCUUUCUUGCAUAGCGGUCUUAUAUAUGCAUGGGGUUUUAAUGGUUUAGUUGUACAUCAGCCAACACAGUGGACUCUAGUGUGUCGUCCCAUACGCUGCCAUCCAUUGGCCGGCCUUCGUAAGUGCAACACAAAUUUCUCAAAACCAAGAUGGCCGCCUGCCAGCAGGAAAUGCUCUACAGCUCGGGAACAUCUUGCCGAUCCGUCUAUAGUAAUAAACCCUUGCAGGUAAAUAAAAUGUUGGAACAUCAAGUAACAACUAAGGAGUAAUACAACUGUUAAAAUUUCCAA